AUGGCGACAGCAGGCAACAAUCCCGCGAGAUCAGCAGCUGUGGGGGAAGAGGCAGAAGCAGAGGCUUGCAAGCGCAGGAGGAACAUCCAGAGCUCCCAUGUUUUAUCAUUGCUUUCCGGCUUGAUGGAGCAACUCCUCUUGGGCCCAGUCUUCACCAUCUACCUGUUUAGGCUCGCAGCUGGUGCUGGAAAGGGUCCGUGGUUCCUUCCUGCAAGCAACCCCAACUCCUCUGUAGGAGUGUUGGUGGGGCUGAAUGGUAUGGUAAAGUUGCUCAUUGCAGCUCCAGUGGGAUGGUUGGUGGACCGCUUUAAAGAUCGCAGGGUGCAUCCGUUGCGAUACUCCGCGAUCUCUGGUUUUGCCGCUGUUGCCUCUGGCAGCCUUCUCCUGUUGACGGAUGAGCUCAUGUUCGUAGCACCGAUGGCCUUGUUCUUGGGAGUUUUUCAGGAGCUCUCAGGCAGUGCCUGGCGAAGCAUUUUCACGGAUUCCUUAGCCAAGGGUGGGCGCGCACCUGCUUUCGUGAAGAAUUGGAUCCUCCGGCUCGUGGGCUCUGCCUCUGCCACACUGCUCGCCGCCCUGGUGAUGCAGCUACCGCAUGAUGAGAUCUGGUGCCUCAAGCUGAGCCUGUGGUGUGGGCUCUCCCUCAUGGUGCCGGUGUCCAUGGCCAUCCUUCGGAUGGCGGAUCCGGAGCCUUCGGAGCUCCCAAAGCUCCAGGAAGAUCCGAACGAGUCGAAACGCCCUUGGGGGCCUCGAUUCUCUGGGGUGGUGCCGUGCCUUUGCGUUACGUUCUUCCUCACGUCGACUGCAACUGCAGGACUUACAGCACAGUUCUUCGUGUUGUUCUUUACGAACGAAGUCCAGCUUUCCAUGACGAGUAUCUACUUGCUGGAGGCAGCAGCCUCGCUAGCAGGUGCCCUGUGCAGCCAAGCCUCCGAACGAGUGGCGAAACACGCUGGCCGAUCUCUCACCAUGUUCUGCGCAGUCGUGCUGUCCACCGGCUGCACCUUCCUUCUCACGGCCGACUUGCCACCGGAGCUUCUUUCAGCGUUUUUUCUACUUCGACGUGGCCUGGGCAACUGUUUCAAGCCUUUGCUGGACGCGAUCAUUGCGGAUUUCACUCCCUCUGCUCAUCGAGGGAAAUGGAAUGCUGUGCUCUCCCUGAGCAUGGUCGGCUGGAGUGGCACAGCCCUUCUGGGCGGAUACUUGGCAGAUCUUUGUGGCUACCGAUAUGUCAUCUUCGUCAGCUCUUUGAUGUUUUCUGGCGCCGCGUGCCUUUUCCUGGGCCCGCUUGUUUGGCUAGUGCCCCGCAGUCUGGAUAUUAAGCAAGCGCUUGCUUCAAAUUGA